GCUCGCUCCCUGCUCCGCGAUGGCCAGCACCUUCGCCCGCGCUCUCUCCGCCCGCCGCUCCGCCGGGCUCCUGGCCAUGGUGGGCGCCGGCUCGCUCGCCGCCGGCUUUCUGCUCGCCCGGGACACGGUCAGCGCCGGCGAGCGGCAGCGGCGGCGCUACCCGCCCAGUGCUGAGUACCCCGACCUGCGGAAACACAACAACUGCAUGGCCAGCAACCUGACGCCAGCCAUCUACGCGAGGCUCUGCGACAAAGCCACCCCCAACGGCUGGACCUUGGACCAAUGCAUCCAGACCGGCGUGGACAACCCAGGCCACCCUUUCAUCAAGACGGUGGGCAUGGUGGCUGGUGAUGAGGAGACAUAUGAGGUGUUUGCAGAGCUGUUCGACCCUGUGAUCCAGGAGCGGCACAACGGGUACAACCCCCGCACCAUGAAGCAUGUCACGGACCUGGAUGCCUCCAAGAUUAAGUUUGGCCACUUCGAUGAGCGCUAUGUGCUCUCGUCCCGGGUCCGGACCGGGCGCAGCAUCCGUGGGCUGAGCCUUCCACCCGCCUGCACCCGCGCUGAGCGGAGGGAGGUGGAGAAGGUGACGGUGGAGGCUCUGAACGGCCUCACAGGGGACCUGUCGGGCCGCUACUACCGCCUCAGCGAGAUGACAGAGAAGGAGCAGCAGCAGCUCAUUGAUGACCACUUCCUCUUUGACAAGCCGGUGUCCCCGCUCCUGACGGCAGCAGGAAUGGCCCGGGACUGGCCCGACGCCCGAGGCAUCUGGCACAACAAUGAGAAGACCUUCCUGAUCUGGAUCAACGAGGAGGAUCACACGCGCGUCAUCUCCAUGGAGAAGGGUGGUAACAUGAAGCGUGUCUUUGAGCGGUUCUGCCGGGGCCUGAAGGAGGUGGAGCGACUAAUCCAGGAGCGAGGCUGGGAGUUCAUGUGGAAUGAGAGGCUAGGCUACAUCCUGACCUGCCCCUCCAACCUGGGCACUGGGCUGCGGGCGGGUGUCCACAUCAAGCUGCCACUGCUCAGCAAGGACAGCCGCUUCCCCAAGAUCCUGGAGAACCUGCGGCUACAGAAGCGUGGGACAGGCGGUGUGGACACAGCAGCCACCGGCAAUGUCUUUGACAUCUCCAACCUGGACCGGCUGGGGAAGUCAGAGGUGGAACUGGUGCAGCUGGUGAUAGACGGUGUGAACUACCUGAUCGACUGUGAGCGGCGGCUGGAAAAGGGUCAGGACAUUCGCAUCCCAUCCCCAGUGCCACAGUUCCGGCACUGAGCCACGCCGAAGCAGCGCCAGCCCUACAGAACCCAGCUUCCCCCAUAGCUUAUGCCAUCACUGUGCCCAGCAUGUCGCUGCGCUGUUUUGCACAGAGCCAGGCCAGACCCCAUAAAGAUGUGCUGCUGUAGCCUUGGCUCUCUCUGCUCCUUACCUCACACGGCCCUGUGCCUGCAUAAGGGCACACAGAUGGGUCUAGGUAUCCUCGAGCAGCUCUCCCUAGGUUUUCCCAGGUCACUGCUUCUGUGGGGCCCCAGGGGCUGCAUGUGGCCGUGGGGCGGGAAGCCUGGGGACAGCUAGCAGCAGGAUAAGACAGGAGGGGCUUGGAAAAUGUUCCUGGCAUUGCUGCAGGCAUGCAGGGAGCAGGGCUGGGUGCCUAUCACCGGUUUGCGAGCAGGCAGAGGAGAGCCAAGCUGGGGCCUGGCUCUGUCUCUGCUUCUGCCUGCAGGAAAGGAAGCACCAUCAGAGCAGAGUGUGCCAGCCUGGUGGUCCACAGGAAGGGCUCGUGUCCACACUGCUGCUGGGAGCCCUUCACAGCGCUCACGCAUACACACACAGACAUACACACAGCUCUGCUCAGGGAUAGCACAGUGCUGCUGUCCGCAGAGCAGCCAUUGGAGGCCUGGGUUUGGGCAGGAGGCAGCAGAAAGGAGCUCCUGCUGGGCACGGCCCGAGGAGCAGCACGAACCGGGCAGCGGGGCCAGGCGCCAUCCGUUCCCUUGCAAAACUGCGCGGUACGACCCGGAGAGCUCCCAGCUGUCCCGGCCCCGUAUCUCGGCCGCCCGCAGAGCAGCCGUCCCAGCACCACCAGCAGGCGGCUCCCGGUCCCGCAGCCCCGGC